AUGUCAUUCAAGGAUGACUUCCUGUCAACAUCCCCAAUAAAGACACAUGGACGUGUCAACGGACACCUAGGCAGUACAAUCAAGGCUUCUGGUGAGCUGACCAGAGAAGCAACACAAAGCAGCAAACCUCCUGGUAGCAGCUUCGCUUCUAGCUCUCAAAUGAGGCAGGAAAAGGCUACUCCUGUUAAAAGACCAGGACUACUUAAAGGUGAUGUUGCAUUGCCAUCUGCUCCACAGUUCUGGUUCCUCUGUGAAAUCAGAGGCAAAGUCUAUGUGACUUGGCACCGUGACCCCUCCAGCCCCGGCGACGAGAACUCGGGCUACCCAAACCUCAACAACAGGCACUGCAGCCCCUCCAGCCCCGGCGACGAGAACUCGGGCUACCCAAACCUCAGCAACAGGCACUGCAGCCCCUCCAGCCCCAGCGACGUGCACAGCAGCUACCCAAACCUCGGCGACAGACACUGCGGUUAUCCAAAACUCGCGAAGGAUGAAGGUGAGCCAGGGUCGUCACGGGAACUGGAGGAAGAGGCAGAACCAGAGGUAAUAACCCGGUCCCUAUCCUUGAGUGAGCUGCGGGAUAUGCGAAAAGAUUUUGGCCACUGUAUAGGGGCAUCCCAAGAGUUAACUGUAUUGGAAGCUGAAGGAAAACUAACUGGAAAUGAAUGGCAGAAACACCCCAUUGUGACUGGUCCAGAGGCUCCGUGUAUCCUUGGCAUAGACUAUCUCAGGAGGGGGUAUUUUAAGGACCCAAAGGGGUAUCGAUGGGCUUUUGGUAUAGCUGCCUUGGAGACGCAGGGCAUUGAACAGCUGUCUACCCUGCCUGGUCUCUCUCAAGACCCUUCGGUUGUGGGGUUGCUCAAGGUUGAAGAACAACAAGUGCCAAUUGCUACCAUGACGGUGCACCGGCGCCAAUAUCGCACCAACCGAGACUCUCUGAUUCCCAUCCACAAUUACUAUGAAAUGUUGUUUGCUUCUCUGCUUGCAAUUUUUCUGUGUGUUUGUGUUGGACUGAUUGUACUUUCAUGGUUAUCAAUCCAGGAGUUAGAACGAGCUGAAGCAGAUGGGAAUACUCAUGGUUACAUGGGAACAUUUGAAAUACUCUCUGGGACAUCAUUCACUCCUGCUUUGCAAAACAGAUCAUCAACUGAUUUCAAAGUCCUUGCCUUUGACGUUGAACAAUUGAUACAAAAAGUUUUUCAAGAAAGUGAUCUGAAAAAUGAAUUCAAGAGAUGUGAAAUUUCCCAGUUCAAUGUUGUUGUGAUCUUCAGCCUUUAUUUUACCCAGAUGGUAACAGUUGAGAAAAUAAAAAAUGAGCUGGUUUUGGGUUUCAACGCAAAUAAAACUAAUCUUACCCAGACUUUGAAAAUUGAUGUGAACAGCAUACAAGUCACAGGACAGCUCACCACAAGCAAGUUCUCAACAACUGUAGGUAGUAUUUCAGCUGAGUGUUUGCCACCUGAUGAACUUUGUGAUGAUGGUGUAACCUGCAUUAGAGAAGAUUUAUUUUGUGAUGGAGUCUUGGACUGCCCAGAUGGUUCAGAUGAAUCUGAAAAAACGUGUGGUGCAGUUUGUGAUGGGAAAUUUAUGUUGACUGAUUCCUCUGGGUUUUUUUACUCCAUGAAUUAUCCAAAACCAUAUAAUGCAAAUAUCAUUUGCCAAUGGAUUAUACUAGUGCCUCAAGGGUUAUCCAUUAAACUGAACUUCACUUCUUUUGAUACACAACAAUAUGUGGACAAUUUAAAUAUUUUUGAAGGCAUAGGACAAAACAAGAUUUUAAGAGCUUCUCUGUCAGGGCCUAAACCUGAGACAAUUUACAUUUUUUCUCAUGAGGCUACAGCACAGUUUAUAUCAGAUUAUUCUGAAAAUCACAAUGGCUUUAAUGCAACGUACACUACAUUUGAUGCAAAUGAACUAAACAAUUAUGAGAAAGUCAAUUGCACUUUUGAAGAUGGCUUUUGUUACUGGAUACAAGAUUUAGAUGAUGAUUCAGACUGGGAGAGACUUCAGGGUCCUACCUUUCCCUUUAUGAGUGGUCCUGAUUUUGAUCAUACAUUUGGCAACAUGUCAGGAUUUUAUAUUUCAACACCCACAGGACUUGGAUUCAGAGAAGAGAGAGUCCGGAUUCUGAGUUUGCCUCUGGUCUCUUCAGAUUCAACUUGUCUAAGCUUUUGGUAUUUCAUGUACAGUACUAAUGUUUACCGUUUAAGAGUUAGCAUAAGGAAUGAGCGUGGUUUGGAAAAGAUCGUUUUCCAGAAAGAAGGAAACUAUGGAAACAACUGGAAUUAUGGACAAGUAACUUUAAACGAAACAUCUGAUUUUAAGGUUAUUUUUGAUGCCUUUAAAAAGCAUGGUCCCAGUGAUAUUGCCUUGGAUGAUAUUGGCCUGACAAAGGGAAAGUGUAAUGGAAAUAUUUAUGUAGAGCCAACUGUGAUUCCAACUGCCACUACUGUCCCUUCAGUUCCUACUGACUGUGGAGGGCCAGUUGAACUCUGGGAGCCAUCCAGUACAUUCAGCUCUGAAAACUUUCCAAACAAUUACCCUAAUCAAGCCUUUUGCGUGUGGUACUUAAAUGCUGAAAAGGGAAAAAACAUUCAACUUCAUUUUCAGGUUUUUGAUCUGGAAAAUAUUCAUGAUGUAGUUGAAGUCAGAGAUGGCAGAGGACCAAAUUCCUUACUUUUGGCUGUCUAUACAGGACAAGGGCCAUUGCCAGAUGUCUUCUCUACAACAAACCAGAUGACAGUAAUCCUCCUUACAGACAAGUCUGCAACAAAGAAAGGAUUUCUUGCAAACUUUACUACUGGAUACCAUCUAGGUAAGCUUAUGAACCCUUGAGCUUGUGCAAUUGAUGAACAUCAGUGUGGUAGCGGGGAUUGUAUACCAUUGCAUAAUCUUUGUGACAACGUACCUCAGUGUGAAGAUGGCUCUGAUGAAGCAAAGUGCAUGAGAUUGUUUAAUGGUUCUCUAAGCACUGAAGGGCUGGUACAGGCCAGGAUUGGGAAGACGUGGCAUCUGGCUUGUGCAGAUGAUUGGAAUAAACAGAUUUCAGACAGUGUUUGCCAGCUGCUGGGGUUAGGGGAUGCAAAUAUGUCAUCAACUGUAUCAUUCACUGGAGACGGCCCAUUUGCCAACAUCACCAAAGCAGCUAACUACAGCCUAAUAUUUACAAAGAGAGAACACUGUUUGAACAACCUGGUGGUUUAUCUGCAAUGUAACAUUAAACCUUGUGGAAAACACCUGGUAACUCAGAACAAUGGAAUAAGGAUUGUAGGUGGAAGUGAUGCCAGGAGAGAGGCUUGGCCUUGGAUAGUUUCACUCCAUUUUAAUUACAGACCUGUUUGUGGAGCUUCCCUUGUCAGUGAUGAAUGGCUGGUGACAGCAGCACACUGUGUAUAUGGGAGGCAAUUAAAACCGUCUCAAUGGAAAGCAGUUCUUGGCUUGUAUGACCAAUCAGAUAUGACACAGCCUUCAACAGUAGUUCAAAACAUCGAUCAAAUAGUUAUAAAUCCUCAUUACAUGAAGCGUACAAAAGAUAGCGAUAUUGCUCUCAUGCACCUUCAAUACAAAGUGCAAUAUACAGAUUACAUACAACCUAUCUGCUUACCAGAAAAAAAUCAACAGUUUUUACCAGGAAUUAACUGCUCCAUUGCUGGCUGGGGUAGUAUUAUGAACAAAGGUCCCACUUCAUAUAUAUUGCAAGAAGCAGAGGUCCCUCUCAUUUCGAAUGAAAAAUGCCAACAAUGGAUGCCAGAAUAUAGUAUUACUGAGAAUAUGAUCUGUGCGGGAUAUGACAUAGGAGGAGUAGAUUCCUGUCAGGGAGAUUCAGGUGGCCCUCUGACAUCUGAAGAUGGUAACAAGUGGUUUUUGGUUGGAGUAACAUCAUUUGGCUAUGAGUGUGCACUUCCCAAACGACCAGGAGUGUAUGUUCGAGUCACCAUGUUUGUGGACUGGAUCAAAAAAAUUAUCUAUUAG